GAGUAGUCUCUGAAGCAAAGUGUGGCUUGAGGUGCACGCAUCUGUUAGAGUUUUGAGAUGACAGUGGCCCAUGUUGUUGUGUUCACACUUGAAUAGACGUAGUUUUGUCAUAUUCCAAUCAGUUCUAUUAGCUUUUUCUAUCAAAGAUAAAGGAGGGAAAGAAAAUAUGAACAUCAGAGUCUCGUUCUGUUUGUGAGAGGGUCCUAGAAACUCCACUACAAUACAUAUGAACCAUGGGCACAUCAGCACAUGUAUGUACACGAGUAAGGCCUAUAAUUCUCCAAGGCAACGUGCUUCAUUGACACACUUCCAAGUACUCUCAUCAAAAGAAUCUGAAUCCAUUAUCCAACCCUUAUCAAAAACCAUCACCAGCACAAAGAAACUAAACCUACUGAAGGUACAAAACUGUUUUCUGUUGUGUCUAAGAGUAAGAGAUGAAGGUGGUGAAGGGCCUUGAUGUGGAGAGGUACAUGGGUAGAUGGUAUGAGAUAGCGAGUUUCCCUUCAUUCUUUCAGCCAAAGAAUGGUGAGAACACAAGAGCCACAUACACACUCAAUGAUGAUGGAACUGUGCAUGUGCUCAAUGAGACUUAUGCUAAUGGCAAGAAGGUCUCCAUUGAAGGAACUGCAUACAAGGCUGAUCCGAAAAGCGACGAGGCAAAGCUCAAGGUCAAGUUCUAUGUCCCUCCAUUCUUACCCAUCAUCCCUGUUGUUGGAGACUACUGGGUUUUGUACAUCGAUGAUGAUUAUCAACAUGCUGUGAUUGGAGGGCCAACCACCAAAUAUCUUUGGAUAUUGUCAAGGAAGAACCGAAUAGAUGAGGAGGUCUUCAAUGCGCUUGUUCAGGAAGCUAAGGAUGUGGGGUAUGAUGUGAGCAAACUCCACAAGACUCCACAGAGUGAGACACCACCUGAGGGAGAAGAAGGCCCCAAAGACACCAAAGGCAUUUGGUGGAUCAAAUCCCUUUUUGGGAAAUAGGUAUUAGAUUGAAGAAAUAUCUCAUGCUGCAAUUAUGUCUGAAUCUCAUGUAUUGGUUGUUUUGGUUGUGUUAAGUACUUGAAUGGUUUCAGUAUCGCUUGUGUUUUGUAAAAUAGACUAUAUAAGCCCAAAGGUUAAAGUUGAUGGUUGAAUGCUUUGGUUGUUAUAGAAGUUUCUUUACAGUGAUUUGUAAGAGAGAUGUGGAAAAUCAUCACAUUAUGAAUACGCUGAUGAUGAACAAAAUUGAAAAGACAAUGUUAAUAUCAUACUAAAAAUAUAUUGCAAGUUCUUUCAAUAUUCA